CAGGCUGGAGUGCAGUGGUGUAUAGUACCUAGUUACUUUGCUUGUGAAAAUGGCUCUAAUGAAACAUACUCAAACUAUCUCAGAGGGAGUUUGAGAAGAUCGAGUGAGAGAAUCAAUGUGAAAGCACUUUGAAAAUUGUAAAGCCAGUCUCUCCUUGCAGCGGCGUGGUGAGAGUAGAGUGGUGAUUACGGAAGUGGGAGCCAUGGCAGGACAAGCACUUAGAAAGUUUCUUCCACUUUUCGGUCGAGUAUUGGUUGAAAGGUGUGCAGCCGAAACUGUAACCAAAGGAGGCAUUAUGCUUCCAGAAAAAUCUCAAGGAAAAGUAUUGCAAGCAACAGUAGUGGCUGUUGGGUCAGGCUCUAAAGGAAAGGGUGGAGAGAUUCAACCAGUUAGUGUGAGAGUUGGAGAUAAAGUUCUUCUCCCAGAAUAUGGAGGCACUAAAGUAGUUCUAGAUGACAAGGAUCAUUUCUUAUUUAGACAUGGUGACAUUCUUGGAAAGUAUGUAGACUGAAAUAAAUCACUACUGAAAUGGCAUUGAUAUGAAGCUGCCCAUUCCC